AUGCAGCGUCUGACUUACGCCGCUAUGAAGGCGUUGGUGGCGAAGAAGCAGUCGGGUGAUCGCCAUAUGUGCAUAUUGGAUGUCCGCAGCGCCGAUGAGGUGGCGGGAGGCGCUAUUGCGGCCUCCGUCAACAUUCCUCUCGAUCAGCUGGAGUCCGCUCUUCAGCUGACAGCCGACGAGUUCAAGGAGAAGUACAAGGCACCCAAGCCGGAGACAUCUGACCACGUUGUGACUUACUGCCUUCGCGGCAUGCGUGCGGAGAGUGCAGCCGCCUUGCUUCGUUCCAGCGGCUUCACAAACGUUGAUGUGUAUCCCGGCAGCUGGACAGAGUGGUCAGAGAAAGAAAAGAGCGCAGCAUAG